AAUUAUUUACUUUUCUUACUAUGACUUUAUCAUCACUUUUUACGAUGAAUGCAACAACGGAAGCUCUUUUUCUAGCCGAGUCGACACGCCCGCAAGGAGCUUCAGGCGACCGCAAGUGGAAUGACUGAAACCAACCCCUCCAGGCGCUGUAAUGGAUUACGGGAGAACAUGCUGAUGCAUUCGAGUCGAUGUCGGCAUGCGAGGACUGCUCUUUGAGGUUGUGUUUUUUCUUUUUUUUGGGGGGCGUUCUUUGUGUGCGACUGACUUUUUUAUGAGGAUAUUUGAACUACACUUUUAAUUUGACUCCUUCGCAGAUGCCACAUUUUCACGUCCUAAAGAGGAUGGUGUUUGUGGACAUUCCACAGCGACGCUCAACAUCAACAGGGCGCUAUAUUCAUAUUUAGCCAACUAGACGUGGAUAUGUCAGGGCCGCGUGGAAACAGCAGCGUCCUUAUCCAAAGCAACAAGGAAGAGGAGGCCGUAACGAAAGCUCUGGUGCUCAUUCUGGAUUUAACGAUCUUAGUGACCGGUCUGGUGGGACAAAUCCUCGUCAUCACAAUCCUAGCAGGCCGGAGAAGACGAGAUGGACACCCCCCGCACGGAACCGACACCCUCCUGCUGGCUCUGAGCGCGGCUGAUUUGCUGUUGCUGCUAUGCCUUCCCUUCCACACGUCGGCCAUCACGUUGGGAUUCUGGCCUUUUGGCAGCUUCCUGUGCAAAGUCAUCAGCUUCCUGGGCGUGGCCUGCUCGUCCGCAUCCGUCUUUACUUUGACGGCGCUGGCUGUGACUCGGUACCUCGCGGUAGUCCACCCCGCCUGGGCGUACCGCUCAAGAAUGCAAAGACGUGUGAAAGUGACGGUAGCGCUUCUGUGGAUCCCUGCCUCGGCUUUGGCGGCGCCGCAGUUUGCCUACCGCACCGUGACGACAUCCAGAGCCGUGUUCUGCUUCGCUUUUCUCUCGGACUUCAGUCAGCUGGUCUACAGCGUCAGCCUCUUUUUCUUCGGCUUCGUGCUACCUCUGGGGAUCAUCGUGCUCAUGUACACGAAGAUCUACUGCUUUCUCCGACAUGCACGGCUGUUUGGGAAUUCCUCUCAGCUGGAGAACUACCACAGCCAGGUCACUCAUACUUCAGCUCUCCUAGUCCUGGUCUUCAUUUUCCUUUGGCUGCCGUCUUACGCGCUCAUGUUCUCCUUCAUCGGAGGAACCAUUCAAGGCUCGCGGGGCUACAACACCGUCGCCAUCUUGUCCAGAUUGUUAGCAUCCUCGGUGGCGGUGGUGAACCCGGUCCUGUAUGGCUUCAUGUCUCAGAAGUUCCGACGAGAGCUGCUGGAGCUUGGGAGAGAGAGGUGGAACCUCUGCAAAAACCGUCUGGCUGCUUGCCCUCACGUGAUGAUCGGUGGGGACACGGUGGAGAGCUUCGGGCGGGACGCGAGCUCAGAAGCCUAAGCUGAUCCUUCACGACGCGACGCUCAUUUGAAUCUGGAUCCAUACGGGAUACGCAACGCAGGAAACCAUCACUUUAAAAUAAUAAUAAUAAUUAAAAUAAUGUCUUUAUAACAAUCUUCAUUAAACAUAUCAAUCCCAUGUACCUCUUCUCCGGCUUUUCGAUAUGAAUAUAGUGUGUGUAGUAUGUGUGUGUCCA